AUGUUUAACACACGAUUGAUUCUGCUUGUUAUAAGUAUCUUUGCUUGCAUACUUAUACAGACCAGAUGCAAUGCUCAAUAUAAUAAUCUUAAUGAAACAACUGGUUGUCCAUUGAAUACCAAUCAUGACUGUGAAAUAUGUGCUCCAGAUCAAAAUCGUUUAGGAUGUUAUUGUGAGCUAAAGAAUGGUGAUGUAAUUAUAACUGCUAGUAUACUCACACCAUGUCCAAUUGAAAAUGAAGAUCCUUGCAGUAAUCAUUCAUGUAAAAAUGGAGCUACAUGUGUUGGGGAAGGUUUUACUAGUUAUAAAUGCAAUUGUACUCAAGAAUGUUCUGAUCCAGCUAUACGCUGUUUAAAUGCUGAAUGCAUUGAAACAAAUGAUCCUGAUAUACCUGUUUAUUGUCAAUGUUAUGAUGGUACACGACGAGAUCCAAGACAGAAUAAUUCAUGUCCAUUAAGUCCAUGUUAUGAGAAAGAUACAGAAGACCCAGUUUGUAAAAAUAAUGCUACAUGCCGAAUUGUUAAUAAUGGAUACUUCUGUGAAUGUGCAGGAGGUUUUGCGGGUCAAAAUUGUACAAGACCUCUUAGAAGACCACUUUGUCAAGAACUACCAGGUGUUUGUGGUGAAGGAAAAUGUCAACAAUCACUUACACCACCAUUUUAUUCAUGUAAUUGUGGUACUCAUCCAAGUACAUUUGGUAGAAAUAUUUCUGAUUUAACUAAAUGUGAAGAAAGUGGUUGCCACGCAAUAAAUCCAUGUCAAAACGGCGGAACAUGCAGUAAUAAAGGUGCAGGUGCUUUUAUUUGUCAAUGUUCUUCUCUUUUUACUGGUAUUAAAUGUGAAAAAUUUUCUGCUUGCCAUAAUAACCCAUGUGUAAAUAAUGGUACUUGUGAAGCAUUCAAUGAAACUGUCUACUAUUGCAAAUGUCCACCAUAUUUUACUGGUCAAAGAUGUGAAACUCCCGUACCUGAUCCAUGCCUAGGAAAAUCUUGUGGUUCUUUUGGUGAAUGUCGUGAUAUUCGAGGUACUGCAAUAUGUUUCUGUAAUGAUGGAUUACAUCUUGAUGGUUCACCUUGUCAAGAUCCAUGUCGUAAUAAAAGUUGUGGUGUAGGCGUUUGUACAAAAAAUCCCGACACAACUUAUGAAGCUAUAUGUUCAUGUCCACCAGAUCGUACAGGAGAAUCAUGUGAAAAACCACGAGAUUUAUGUCGAGAAGCUCCUCGUUGUGGUGGUGGAUAUUGUAGACCAGAUUAUCAAGCUGCUCGUGGUUAUGUAUGUGUAUGUGCCGGAGGUUCUGUUAGAAACGAUCCGUGUCCAUUUUCAACAACUUGUCCAAUCAAAGAUUGUGGAACACAAGGUAUUUGCGUAGAAACUGAUGGUAUUGUAACAGUUCCUGGUGGCAGACCAAUAUUUUAUGUUUGUCAAUGUAAGCUGGGAUAUAUUACUUCCAGCGAUUGUGAUGGAUUAAUCAAUACACAAAUUACAUCUGCUGCAUCUAGAUGUGGACCUAAUGGCAGACCAUAUCCAAGCCGUAAUCCAAAUAAUCCCAUCGGAUGUUGGUGUAAUAAUGGUACACAUAUUGAAGAAAUUAAUGCAAGUGGUCCAUCAUCAUAUUUUCCUUAA